AUGUCAGAGAUCAAACCAGUUUCAAUCUCAUAUCUCGACUUCAAAGCCGGAAAAGACUUUACUGAAGACGUUUCCGCCGCUUUUGGAGCGAAUGGCCUUGGUUUAAUUGUAAUACGGGACCUACCCGAUUUCCAAAAGGAGAGAAUCGCUGCCCUGAGAACAAUCAGAAAGUUCGCAAAUCUAUCCGAAGAGAUAAAAGAUAAAUACACCCACUCAGAGAGCAACUAUAGUUUUGGCUGGAGUCAUGGCAAGGAGAAGAUGAGGAACGGAGUCCCGGACACGGCCAAAGGGUCCUACUACGCGAACACACUAGGUGACACCACCACAGAUGAUCAGUACCUGAAGGAUACAUUCCCGGAAAUGUACUCUGACAAUGUGUGGCCCUCAGAGGAUUUACCCGAACUGGAGCCAGCAUUCAAGAACAUGUCCCAUAUCCAGGUGGGUGUAGGCUACAUGAUCUGCGAACUGUUUGACAAAUAUCUGCGUGGUCUCACUAACGGGCUGCACUCCGCUGGGCACUUCCUGGACAUGCUGAAGAAAGGGACGGCUUGUAAGGGUCGUCUCCUUCACUACUUCCCUGCUCCCCCAGCUGCUAACAAGUCUGAGGAUGGUCUGUGUGGGUGGCAUCUUGAUCACGGUGGUAUCACCAUCCUCACCUGUCCUCUUUACCUGGACCUAGAGGGUAACGAGAUACCAGCCCCCUCUGACUGUGGUCUACAUAUUAAACAUCCUAGUGACGGGAGCAUUGUCAAGGUCACAAUUCCUGCUGACUGUUUGGUUGUGCAACUUGGAGAGUCCUUCCAGUACCUCAGUGGUGGUCAUCUCCGGGCCACAGCUCACUGCGUCAAAUCCUCCAAAACCCCUGACAUCACUCGAGAAACCCUGGCUUGUUUUAUGGACUGGCUGCCGGAAGAGACCAUGAAACUCCCCGAGUACACACGACCCUACGCGGAGGUGGUCCACACGCCUUUCCUGCCAGAGGGAGUUCCAGAUUUGGAGGGGAGGAUGAAGGGAGUCAAACAUUACAGGGACUUUUAUUCGAACACUUUCAAAGCCUAUCACAGUGAGAAUUAACUGAAGGUGGUUUAUAUUUUAUUAUUACUUGGUCUUAUUCGUUUAGUGUAUAGGGGAUAUGAUAUUUGAAUAUUCCACGAUUCUAUUUUUAAAUUCAUUAAGACUUUUCAUUUAUUACCAUUUACUAUUGUUAUUUA